UUGGUGUGUGUGUGUGUGUGUGUGUGUGUGUGUGUGUGUGUGUGUGUGUGCCUGUUUGCGUGUGCCUCUAUGCAUGUGGGGGUGUGUGUUUGUGUGUGUGUUUGUGUCUGUCUGUCUGUCUGUCUGUCUGUCUGUCUGUCUGUCUGUCUGUCUGUCUGUCUGUCUGUCUGUCUGUCUGUCUGUGUGCCUAUGCCUAUGUUUGUGUGUGUGUGUGUGUGUGUGUGUGUGUGUGUGUGUGUGUGUGUGUGUGUGUGUGUGUGUGUGUGUGUUUGUCUGUGUGCAUGCCUGUGUGUGUGUGUGUGUGUGUGUGUGUGUGUGUGUGUGUGUGUGUGUGUGUGUGUGUGUGUGUGUGUGUGUGUGGGUGUGUGUGUGUGUGUGUUUGUAUCAGGGAGGUAGAGCUCAGCGUAAACAGAGAGAGGCAGAGGACAGCUUGAAACCAUACCUUGGCAGAGUGGACCCAGAGAAGUUGUGUGAGCUUCUGAAGUGCCACAGCCCAACAGGGUCCUGGUGUCAGGUGGUUCGCAAUAACGGCGUCCUCAUCCCAAAGUGUGUGUGUCCCCGCUCCUGCCCACGAGAGAGGGCGCCAGUGUGCAGCGUUACAGGGAGAACUUAUGGGAACGAGUGUCUCUUGCACAAAGAAGCUUGUCGAAAGAGACGUCGCAAUGAAUUGGCCCACAGAGGACCCUGUCUUAUUCCCAAGGGAGAGUGCACGGAGGAGGAGUUUGGCCAGUUCCCGUACCGCGUGCUGGACUGGUUUCUGCUGCUCAGUCGCAUGGGAGGGUCCUACGCAUCUGCCGCCGUGCCGCCCCAGACCUGCAUUAGCCACGGGCAGAGAUUACAGCUCGCACAGAGGAGGUUCCACCUGUUGGACAGAAACAAAGAUGGUCGUCUGAGCCGCAGGGACCUGAAGAAGCUACGCUACAAGAAGAUGCCUCUGGAACACUGCGCCCCACAGUUCUUCCAGUCAUGUGACAGUAACCACAACAGGAAGGUCACCCUGCCAGAGUGGACAUCUUGUCUGGUGAACCGCUCCGAGGCCUGGUUCCACCGCUUCAUGUCAAUCAAAAUGGGCUCACGACAGCUAUGUCCCAUGAACACUGAAAACAACCUUUAACAACGGUCUCAAGAGCUACCUCCAACUUUUCUACUCUAAGAACAGCUCUGUGGAUAAUCAGAACAAUCAGCACAGCGGCAUCCAUCAUUAGCAAAAACAACAGUCGUAUUGCAACAGCAUCACUCUAACGAGCAGUAAUCACCCGCUGCUUCCUAUCGGCUUCACAUGGUACUACACCCAGUGCAAAUUUACAGAUUCAUGAUGUCAUCUGUUGGAAACUGCUGCCGUUGUGAAUGUAUUUGCUUUGUAAGGAAGAGUCCCAUAAAUAAUAAAUGUAUAAGGUCAAAUAUGAACAAUAUCACUUAUUUGUACAAAGCAUCAUUAA